CACCAAUUAAAUGUCUAAUGUGACUUUAUGACGCCUGCUCGUUGCCCAGACAUGUCUUUAAACAAACUAAAAGUUUAAAAAUCAUUUUUUUAAUCAAAAUAAAACGAUAAACAAUCCGAAACACGACAAUUGUACUUUUUUACAAGAUCCUUGUAAUGGGCCUUUCGCACAAAUGAAAAUAAAAACACCGUCGAAGACUGUACUCGGAAAGUUCGAUCAAUUGAUUAUUAUUCGACGUAAACCUAUCUAAAUUAAACACAACUAAUCAACUUGUAAACGGGACACACCGUGGCAGAAGUUGGCGAUUCAUCUGAUAUAUCCACCAAAAUAUUGUCAAGGGAAAUUCUAACUGGGAUCUAACUAAUUCUCUGUCCACACUCCCAACGACCGACGAUUCCGUAAAAAAAAGUUAUUUUUUUUUAGGCGAUGCCAUCGGCAAUCGGCGGCGGUCAUGCAUCGCAUUCGAAUAAUACCAUACCGAGUAAUGAGGAAUGCGGUAUACGCGAUGUUUGGAAGCAUAAUUUAGAGGAAGAAUUUAGAACUAUACGUCAGGUGGUGCAGAACUACAAUCAUGUUGGCAUGGACACUGAAUUUCCUGGUGUUGUGGCUCGGCCGAUUGGUGACUUUCGUUCGCCGGGAGACUAUCAAUACCAGUUGUUAAGGUGUAACGUUGACCUACUCCAUAUCAUCCAAUUGGGCUUAACGUUUAUGGAUGAUGAUGGCAAAACACCACCGGGCUAUUCAACAUGGCAGUUUAAUUUCAAGUUUAAUUUGAGUGAAGACAUGUAUGCGCAGGACUCCAUCGACCUUCUUCAGAAUUCGGGCAUUCAAUUCAAAAAGCAUGAAGAAGAUGGCAUCGAUCCAUUCGAAUUUGCUGAACUUUUAAUGACAUCCGGAGUGGUGCUUAUGGACAACAUCAAGUGGUUAAGCUUUCACUCCGGCUACGACUUUGGAUACAUGCUAAAACUGUUGACGUACCAAAAUUUGCCAGCCGACGAGAGUGAAUUUUUCGAAUUGUUGCGGCUGUACUUUCCGACCAUCUAUGACGUAAAGUACUUGAUGAAAUCGUGCAAAAAUUUGAAAGGCGGCCUGCAGGAAGUGGCCGACCAAUUGGAAUUGCGACGCGUCGGUCCGCAACAUCAGGCUGGUUCCGAUUCACACUUGACGGGAAUGGCUUUUUUCAAAAUGAGAGAGAUGUUUUUUGAGGAUAAUAUUGAUAAAAACAAAUAUUGCGGACAUCUGUAUGGCUUGGGAACAUCAUUUAUUGUCAACGGCAACAAUUAUAAUUGCGAUAAUGGCGACAACAACUCAUCGUGAUUUGUGUGUUUUUUUACGUGGAUGCUGAAUAUUUUUUCUUUUCUUCUUUUUUUUUGGCGGUAAAGGUUUGGAAAUUUUGGCAUCUGUUUCCGAUUGUUUUAUAUGUACCGAAUGGUAAAUUAGGAUAAAAAUAAUUUUUUCUUCAAAUUGAAACACUUAGCCAAAAUCAUCAGUUUAACCAAUCCGAAAAAAAAAAUAUUUGUAACAGAAAUAGAGAGAGAGGAAAAGGAAAGGAAAAACCAAAAUCAAGUUCCAUUCAUCUCAUAAUGCCAUUCAUUUCAAUUGUAGAUAGUAGUGAAAUUUUCUUCAUUCUUUUUUAUGUAACUUCCCAUCUAAAGUAAACAUUUAUUUUGUCAUGUUUUUUUGUGUAUAAUUGAAAAUAUAUAAUUGAUUGACACCCGAUAAUUUAUCAGCAGAUUUUCCAUGUUCAAAAUAAUUAAAAAAAAAAACAACAAGAAGCCCAAAAGAAAAUUGUAACACAAUUUGCAUUUCAGUUUGCAAUC